GCUAGGUGCGCGCAGAGUUAGUGUCGACGAAGUGACGAAGUGGCUGGGAGUAGGAUAGAGCGACGGACAGGUGUUUUCUGCGCUGCUAUAAAAUAAUCCCGAAAGUCAGUGAUCUUCGGAAAAAUUAUAAGGAUUUCUGUCGCACCUGCAAAUAGAAUGAUACCAUAAGAACUGACUUGGUUUAAUCAGCAAGCGCGCACGCGCCGCUUUCCCAUUGCUCUCUCGAUAUACUCCGCGCGUAACCGCCGCCAUAGUUGAUAUUUCUCCGAUAGAAUAUUAAUAGCGGCGCAAGUUUUCGCGGUUAGUAGUAUUUUAAUUUGUUGACUGAAAAAAACGAGAAUGCGUUCAACGAAGACGGUGGCACGAGAUCGUUCAAGAUAAAGCUGCGAUAGGAAGGAAGAAGGAGGGUGUCUACUUUCACAGCUCGUGGUUUUCAGGAGAGUGUGGCCUGGCACAUCCGCGGCGCUUCGAGUUAACGUGCGACCAUCGUCGGUCGGGUGGCUAUGUACCGUUAGCUCGAAUUCAUUCCCCGUUGGCCGGCCCGAGAGAAGAACCACGCUUACCUACCGACCGGACUCUCGGCCAUACCCGAUCGAACUCUCGGCUCUCGUAAACCCGGAAAUGAGUGCGCGUCGCGGACCGCCGUUACCGCGGAAAAGCAGCCAGUAGUGCGCGAAUUAAUCGUGGAGUCACGGGCUCGUCCAUUUGCCAGCGACACGUUCGUUCGUCUCGCAUGACGUGUGCGCCGUGAGCAGUGUGGCCGCGCGGCUAGUCAAAAAGAGCCGUGGCACACGUCGAGCGUGUACGUAGAAAUGAGAAAGUUGCUGCCGCCGCGGUGAAGAUUGAAAACAACGCAGGCGAGUCAGCCAGCAGGCGGACGGUCUCAGUACUACGUGAAGGUGUUCCGACGCAACAGUCGUAGCAGUACGUCGAAAGGAGUGCACAGGGGAGUUCACAGCUGCUCGUGGGUCUAGCAAUCGCGAAAGAUGAAUUUCACACCGUUUCCCGGAUUCCCGGCAGGCUCGCUACCGACAGGGACGGUUCAUCAGUUCGCAACCGCUAAAUUCGCUCAGAACCUGCCGACUGGGGGUCAAGUGGUCGGCGUCCUUUCUGGCGGCGAAGGCGGCGUUCAUUAUCUGAGGCCGGUCGACCCGAACGGUUUCGCCGUUGCUCAGGGCGGCAACAAUCAACAGCAACAGAUAAUCACGCUGCCGAUCACCGUACCUGGGAAAGAUGGCACGCAGCAACAGCAAACCGUCCAGAUCCAGGUGGUCAACCCCAGUGUGUCGCAGAGCGGGAACAGCGGCGAUCAGCCGAAAUAUCACUUGGCCCCGAUCUCGUUGGGACAAUUCCCCCAGGGUGCAGCAACGGUGCUCACCGUUGCAUACAGCCAGCAAGGCGCUGAUGGGGUGCAGAUUCAGGUGCAGCCGCAGAACACCGUGGCCACCACGCAAACGUCCGAUCAGACAACACAGAGCACAUCGACAGCAGUCACUACAACGUCUCAGCAAACUAUUCAACAAACUGUGCAGCUUCCUGGUGCGCCAGAAGGUUUAACCGUAGUAGCUCAGAUACCGCAGGACUUGAUUUUGCGCGAAGGCAUGGAGGAGUCGAAGGAGGACGUAAAGGAAGGAACAACGCCGGUGGCUCUUAUAAAGAGGGGUAGCAUUAAGACCCAAGGGAAUCAAAGCGGAGAAGAGUUCAUUACAUCUAUGCCCGCUAGUUGGCAAAGUCUUGCAACUCCGGGAUCGACUGUUGCUGAUUAUCUGUCCAGAUUGCCUGCUAGUACGUUGCCCAUUAGCUUACAACACUUUCUGAAAUUCUCCGCCGAGACAAUAAAGAGGGAAGCCACCAUCGAGUCCAGUCCCCUAGGGGCUGAUGGUUUGGACGCAACCGGAAACGCCGCGUCGGGCGAGCAAGCUGUACAAAUUACAGUUGCUGCCGGUGAAACGGCGAUCAUUCCUGACGUUGUUGAAGAGCAGGAGACCGGGGCGAAGCCUAAAAGGAAAAAGAAGUACAAGAAAAAGCCACCGAAACCGAAAAAGCCGAAACCAGGUCAAGUGAGCAUAGUAACCGCCCUCGAUGGUACAACUUUGUUCUGCUGUCCGCAGUGCAAUAUGGCUUAUCCCGAGAAAGAACUGUUGGAACAGCAUCUGAUCGGGCAUAAGAUCGAGCGGCGAUUCAUAUGUGACAUUUGUGGUGCAGGUUUGAAACGUAAAGAACACUUAGAACGACACAAACUCGGCCAUAACCCUGACAGGCCCUUCAUUUGUUCGGUUUGCAUGAAAGGCUUCAAGCGAAAAGAACACUUGAAUCUUCACUUCGUUAUACACUCCGGGCAGAAAACUGAAGUUUGUACCGAAUGCGGCAAAGCGUUCUAUCGCAAGGACCAUUUGAGAAAGCACGCCAGGUCUCAUCUGGCCAAGCGUAUCAAAGAAGAUCCCUUGAGCACCGCCGACACUUCGCAGAAUUCCCAGCAGCAGGCGGAACAGCAACAACAGGCCGAGCAGUUGCAACAGCAGGCGGACCAGUUGCAACAACAGUCGUCGGUGUCCGAGUUGCAACAGAUACAGAUACAAGUGGGACAAGGUUCUCAGGCGCAGAUUCAUCAGAUAGCUGUUAGCGAACAAUCCACCGUCGUUCUUCCGACCGCAGCUGAAACUGGUGCGAUGGCUAUACUUCAUCAUCAACAACAACAGCAACAACAACAGCAACAGCAUUAGCAGCAGCAUACCGCCCUGCACCAACCUGGGCGGUACUUCCGGUUCAAUCAUCAACAGGCUAGAGGUCGUGCAAGGCAAGGCGUCCUUGCCGAUUAAAUUCUAUAAUCCCAUAGUAAAAUUGGUAUCGUGUAAAGAAAAAGAUUCUCGUUGAUGGUGGUUAUCGUUGCCUAGUAGUGGUGUUGCAAAAGAAAAACACAAAAAAAAAAUAACAAAACAAAAACGAUUGAGAUCUUUCUCUGUAUCUUCAAAUAAAGAUACUUUUAAUUGACGAGCCGCUGCAUUUCAAAGUUUGUACACCAUCAGCUUCUUCGAAGGAAAUCGUAGGUCAGAUUAAUGUAUGAUUAUUAAUUACUCUGCAAAACGCACUGAGCUGACUGACGAACGAAAUUCGUACAUAAUAAUAAUAAUGAUGUUUCUUUUUUGCGUACACGUUCUAGCGUACGUGUAAGGAAAGAAAAAAAAAAUGGUUGGAACGAGUUUGUCCGAACUCGUUUUAAUUGAAUAUGUUUUUGUCGCUAAUCCAGUUCCAUGACGCAAGUUAGAAGUAAAUAAAAGAAGUUUAUAUAUACAUAUAUAUAUAUAUAUAUAAAUAUAAAAAUAUAUUUUUGAAAGCGCGAACUGGAUUCGCCAGACAGAAGGCAAUCGAGUUUUCGGCUGAGGUUAAUUUUUUCUUCGAUGAUAAAAUAAUUAACGGGAGGGGAAGAAAAAAAACGCGAGCGAGCGAAAGGGAGAGCGAACGAGCGAGAGAGCGAGAGAGAGAAAGAAAAAUACGUAAUGUGAAAGGUAACGAGUAAUUCACAAAGCAGGGCUGUAAAUACAACCAGUUUACCGUGCACAAGAAGGAAUAAGACUGUCGUGCAAAUAUGAAGUGAAUCUAUUUAUUCCAUUUAUUCUAGACGAUCGAGACACAGAAAGAGAGUGUAAUAUGUUAACCGACGACAUUCGACUAAAUAUUUGAUCAGAAAUGCUACGAUACGUUGUACGUGACAAAUGUAAUAUUGUACAUUUAACAGUUUAUAAUUAAUGGGUUGGUCAGCGUUUGAUUACUUUCGAAAGGAAGAAUGUUCUAUUAACUAUAUUGACAGUAAACUGAUCCGAAAGGUACCACUUACGUUUCUUUUUUUUUUCAACAUUAAAAAGAAAAAUACCGAUUAGUUAUAUAUAGAUCAAUUUUUGAUAGUAUUGUCAUAUGGAUACACACAAAUAUCAGUUUGCAUAUCGUAAAGAUAAUAAAAGUUAUCAUGAUGUACGAUCAAACGAUCCAAAUUUUCUGCAUUUAAAUUUCGGUAUUUCGUAAAGGGGAAGCAUUUCUAGAACUAAACUAACGAUACUUUUAUAAUUCUGAUAAGUUUAGAGUAACUUAUUUUGUAUAGUAUUUAACCCAUUUUAUUUACUAAACUGAUGAUCUUUAUUUUUGCAAGAAGACUUUGCAAUCUUCUUCUUUGUGUUGAUCGUGAUUGACAAAUGUUUGUAUUAUCAUAAGUUGCACGACGAAAGUAAUAGCAAAAGGAAAAAAAAUGAAGAAACAGUUUCGCCGGGAUCGAGCCAAAUCUAAUUUACCGAUCGAUCUCGAACACACUCGAAAUCAUUUGAACAAAAGAUGUAUGUAUACAAAGAAAAAAAUACUUUUUAUUGUAAGUAUCAUUACUAAAGGCAGUGGGUAUAGCUGUACAAGAAAUAUAAUUAUUAUUUUAUUAUCAUAUUAUUAUAGCUAUUAUUAUCAUAAUCAGUAUGGAUAGUCUAUAAGUCAUUUUCAUUGUUACUUACAUAAAUAUUGGAGAAAAAAUGCUAAAAUAAAACAUACAUUUAAUAUAAACAAAAUUUCUAUUAAUUAACCAAUUUAUAAGAAUUAUUUUCUUUCUUGUAUUAUAUAUUCUUACACUUUUUAAUUUGUACAAUUAAUAAAUAACCGUGGAGUGUUGUUGCUAAGAACUAAAAUGCACUUAAUAUAUUAUCAUGAACGAACGAAUAAACCGAUAACUUGUACAGAGAGGAUUAAUCAACAUUUUUAACUGCAUAAUUUGUACAUUCAUGGAAUUCAAUAUAAAACAUUAUUAUACCAUUACGUACCAUAUUUUUAAUUUUAUCAAUAAAAUCAUUUAUAAAAAAAAGAAAGCUUACAUUUUCCGUUGCAAUGAUUCGGCGUACUCGUAUGUGUGUUUCAGCGCAAUUAUUGUAACAGGUAAUCAACGUUAAAUUGUUAAUUACAAAAACUAUACAUAAUCAGGAGAGAAUAGGAAUACAUAUAUUGCUCGUUAUAA